AUGGAUACUUAUAUCAACGUUAUUUGUUCCAGUUCAGAUUCUUCUUUGAGUACUGAUGCUGAAUGCACAUUCGCAUCAGAUUCAAAUACCGAGAAGCACAACAUUGGCCAUGAGGAGAACAAACGAGACUUUACCUAUCAGUUUGGUCACAUUCAUCAAGAUUCAUAUCCACGGGCGUCUGUGGCGAACAAUAGCCUAGAUAUAAUACUGAAAAAAUUUAAUUUCACAUCAAAUGAACAAUUAAAUAAAAAAAUUGCUAAAAAUCUUCAUAAAGAGUUUGAAAAGAAUAACUACAACUUUCCGAAAUAUUCACCCCCGCCAAGAGAGGUCCUUUUCGCAUUUGAAAUGUUCAAUGUUUCUUUAGAUGAACAUGAAUUUUUGAAGAAAAAGAACGUCGUGGAACCUCCUCUUCCAAAGGCUAAAACUAAUACAGCCAUUUCAACUUAUAUCCAUAAACUCUAUAUUUAUCAUCAUCUGAAAAGGAGUGAUGGAUAA